AUGACUAAGAUACAGACGUUCAGUGCCUUGGCUUAUGCCUGGGCGAAACAAGUUCUGGCGUUGCCAACAAAUAACACCACUCCCGUGAUGCCAUGUGAGCAUCUGACAUUGCCGCCCCCGUCGGGACUUGAAGUUUCCAGUGUGCAAGCCGUAGCCGCACGCAACUACACCAGCCCCCUUGGUCCUGGCGUGUCGCUCGACUUCUGUAAUGUCACUGUGAGCUACAACCACCCAGACGAAUGUGAUACCACAUGGGUCAACAUCUGGCUGCCGCUGAACAAUUGGAACGGACGUUUCCAGGCCACCGGUGGUGGGGGACUGGCAGCUGGGUUCGGGGCUUACUAUCUUCUCGGCGCGGCCCCUUUUGGAUACGCCACUGGGACGACGGAUGGAGGCCUCACUUUGAACAAUUCGAUCGACCCUCAAACUGGCCAGUGGGCGUUGACCGAGGACGGCUCUCUCAAUGAAAGCCUCGUCAAAAAUUUUGCACACAGGGCCAUCCACGACAUGACUGUGAUUGGCAAGUCUCUGACACAAACGUUCUAUGGGAAGGCUCCGGCCUACUCGUACUACACUGGCUGCUCCACCGGUGGACGCCAGGGCUACUUCGCCGCCCAGGUGUACCCCGAAGAUUUCGACGGGAUUAUGGCGAAUUCUCCGGCGCUGAACUCCCCCGAGAUCUCCCCCAGCGAUUUUUGGCCCUCGGUGGUGAUGCAGAACUUGGAAGCUCCACCACAAUGCGUCUUCGAUGCCUACUAUAACGCCACCCUCGAAUACUGCGACCCCCUUGAUGGUGCCAGAGACGGAUUGAUCUCGAAUCUGGGAGUCUGCGAUUUCGAUCCGCAAAGCCUGGUCGGCCAGCGAGUCCAAUGCGGCGGCCAGAACGUGACCAUAUCGGCCACCUUUGCCAACGUUGUGUCUCGCAUCUGGGCUGGCAGCACUUCAAUCAACGGAGAAUCUUUGUUUCCUGGAAAUCCUCGAGGCGCCGUCUUCAGCGGCCUGGCAAAUACCACCACCGCCGCCAAUGGUGUCACAGUGCCGGUUCCCUUCUCCUCCGCGGAAGCAUGGAUCAAGUACCUUGUGGUUCACGAUCCCAACUAUCCCACCAGGAAUAUGACGUUUGGCGACUUCGACGACGUCUUUGGACAGUCCGUGGUCGAAUUCUCCCGCAUUUUGGGCACCAUGUCGCCCGACCUGUCACGGUUCAAGGCUGGCGGCGGCAAAUUACUCACGUGGCACGGGUUGGCAGACCCAUUGAUCACGCCCUACAGCACCAUGUUGUACCGUUCAUCGCUUUCGCGUGAAAUGGCUCUCAAUCAAACCCAGCUGAAUGAUUUCUAUCGAGUCUUCUUCGCUCCCGGUGUGGCGCACUGUGCUGGAGGCAUCGGGCCGGUGCCGACGGAUCCUCUCGCUGCACUGGUGAGCUGGGUUGAAUCUCAUGAGGCUCCAGAAAACUUGCCUGCAGCUCUUGCUGUCUCUCCAUCGAGGAACGUGACGCGGAACUUGUGUCCGUACCCUCAACUAAUUACCUACGAUGGUAAGGGAAAUGUUGAUGAUGCGAGCAGUUUCUCUUGCGCCUAA